GACUACAUCGACGACGUCUACAUACGGCCACGGUCUUGACUGACGUGUGGCUUCAUGACUGUCUUCAUCUCUGAGGGAAAGUCCUAGAAUGGAGUCUGCACGUGGCAUUACGGCAUUUUAGUCUAUUAUGGCAGUUAUUACUAUUUUCAAGUUUAUAUCUCACUCGUCGCUAUAUUAUCCUUAUCCCUGGCGUUAUUCUAUAGCUGAAAUCGAGCACGUAAGUGCAUGUCUUUGUACGUGUAGAUUCAGUGUUUUGGCAGAUGGUGUAACAAAGUCAGUUACGUAGGCUUUUGACUGAAUCAUGGAAAUUGCCAAGAAAACACAAUGGGCGUUGAAUUAAGCGAUGAUCUCACACCUUGAAAAACUGCUCACGCUGGCACUUUUGAUGCUUUCAGAAGGGUUUCAGAGAGGGCGAAAAAACUUCGUGACGAACCGUGAGUUCGGUUAAACCAAGAAAAGAAACCAACGUCUUAGGGUCACGACCCUUCUUCCGGAAUCCAUUAGAAGCAACAGAAUCUGCUUUGAGAAGGUAAUGGGGCGCCCACUCUUGUCCUCGUGAGUUUUUCAUUACGGAAAUGAUUCAAUGGGCUGAGGAAACGAAAGGAACUGCCCUGUGCGGUGACUCAGCCCUCGUACAUGCUGUUUAAUUUCGCCACAUUCAACGAAAAUUUCUCAUCUCUUCUGUUUUUCGUGACGGAACAAUACGAUAAAUUGAAUUGAUUUUCGGUCACACGUGGCGCGUUUCAACUUGUCUUAACGGGGCAGGAAAAUCUUACUCCAGGGAAAAAAAAAAAUUGCACUAAGGCCACCCCGGAAGGGAACGUUUCAUGCUGUUGCUACCAUGUGAUCAAAAUCACCCAAUCAGACAAUCUUUUCAGCCUGCCCAGUGGUGACUUCCGUGUUGCGAAGGUGAUCGUAUUCAAGUGGAAGUGAAUUUCUAGGUACUCUGUCGACUUUUGGCUUCACGUGUAGAAGAAGAUCUCUAAUCGAUUCCCCAGAAACAGAUUCAUGGUAGAAAUGGAGGAUGGACAUGUUUUGAUUUCAGGCUUCCUUCGGAAAUCGCCGCCAGAAACCAAGUUCAAAGUCAGUUCGUGGCAAAAACGUUUCUUUGUUUUGCAUGCAAAUAAGCUGCUACAUUAUUUCAAGAAUGAGAGGGAAAAACGCCCUGUGAAAGAACCAAUAAACUUGGCAUUUUGCAAGUCUGUUGAGUCACAUUUGGCUCACGCUAGAUUCAAACAUGUGUUCAGCAUUGUCACAGAACAGCGAACAUACUACCUUGUGGCAGACUCAGAGAGCGAAAUGGUUAACUGGGUGGAUAAAUUGUGUACAGUGUGUGGCUUCAGACGAACAGAUGACAAUAACUCAUCAGGCAGGUCCUCUGAAUGCUUAGAGUCAUCUAUCAAGAGUGACUUACAUGUAGCUCAGAGAAGCAAUGAAUACCAAGCAUCUCCACCUCAUUCUCACCCCAUUGCAGCUGCCAAACUGCGCACAAUGAGUCCUGUUGGCUCUCCAGCCAGUGUUUCAUCGUCGGGAUCAAGUGUCAAGUCACCAUCGAGCCCUUGUCCACUUUCCUUUCCUAAACACAUUGUCAAUGACAUGAACAAAGCCAGGUCAUUAAGUGACCCUCCAGAACUUUCAAAUAGCCCUCAAGUUCAUUACGACAAGCACCGAAGGCAGUCUGAGCAACUUGGACCUGCAACAAAGCCAACGGGGAAUCCCACAGAGAAUUGUGACACACUGCCUUCUCCUAGAUUUUCAUCUCGGGAUACUUAUGACAAUUUACCAAAUCCAAAAAGAAUCCAGAAAGUUGGGGAAACACAGGACAAUUAUGAUGAUGUUCCACUCCCUCGACCAGUUGAACGCUUGGCAAGUCCCUCAUCUCCUAGAGCAAAACUAACAGUGAAUCAUCUCUCACCCAGCCAAGAAGACUAUGAUGCAGUGCCUCUACCACGUCCGGUCUCCCAGGGAAGUAGCAGAUCCUCUCAGGAGGUGUAUGAUUUUGUCCCUCCUCCAAGGCCAACAUCCUCUUGCAGUGAAACACAGGAUCUCUAUGAUGUUCCUCCUUUAGUAAGACCCGAGGAGAGUGAAAAUUAUGACAGUGUUCCCCCAGCCAGGCGAAGGCCUUCUUAUAGUGACACCCAAGAUGUUGGAGGUUUCUCUGUUCAUCUAGGUCUUGGAAAUGCACAGGAGAACUAUGAUGUUGUUCCUCUUCCAAGGCCAACAUCUCAUAGUGACACACCAGAUGGCCGAAGUCUCUAUAAUAAUUCCUCAUUUGGAAGAGCACAAGAGAAGGAAAAUUACGACUUCGUUCCUCAGCCACGGCCAGUGUCUUCUUGUAGUAAUACAGAAGAUGGUCAAGGUCUCUAUGAUUUUCCUCCAGUUGGAAGAGCAUCAGAGCAAGCCAACUAUGAUGUUCUACCUCCUAUGGGCAGACAAAGAUAUCUUGACCUGGAGAAAAAGGAAAAUUAUGACGUUGUUCCAAUACCACGGCCUACUUCACAAGAGAUUUAUGAUGUUGUUCCACCAGCUAGGCCAAUGAGAACGCGAAGUGAAUCUGGGAGCACACCUAGAGAUCAAAGUGGUGGUGAUCCUCGUUUUUCUGACGUGUUUCAAUCCAAUGGGCAGUCUGAUACAGAUGCCUAUCAUUGGGUUCCUUCCCCUUCCCACACCAGAAAAGAUCCUUAUGACACUCUGCCAAACACUACACGCCCUGUUAGUGCAGAUUCUGGACUAAAUGCUUCGUUUUCAAGUAUUUGCUCCUUGAAGUCGGAUGGUCAGGAUGACAAGUAUGAUGCACCAUUACCACCAGUUCCAAAUGAGAAAAGAGAUUCAGGAUCAUUGAGUGAUGAAACACCUGACUUUGAUGAUGACAAUGAAGGGAUUUAUGACAAGCCACCCAAUUUGACAUUCAGAGACUCAAUUUAUGAUGUCCCUCCCAAACUUGGAGGAGACAAUGUUCUUCCAACACAUUCAGAUGAGAUAUACGAUGUUCCUCCUAUGGCCUCUGAUGACAUCUAUGAUGUGCCACCCCCACACUCCAAUCAAGGUUGCUUAAGCAAUCCAAGUGGACAUGCAGGAGUUCCAGUGGUUGAUCGUUCUACGAAACCCCCACCUGAGGUCAACAGAGCUAUGAAGCCAAAGGCCCUUGGACAAGACCACAGCUACUAUAAUAUGGCACCACCAGUUGAUCGAGGAAGCAAACACAAUAGAGGUAAUAUGCCUCAACCAGAGCAUAGCUACAUCAAUUGUGGCUCUCUAACCCAACAGCGUCCACAGCAUCUUCCUCUAGUAAAAAGUCUAAGUGGAAACCCUUAUGUUGGGUCAUUGCCCAGUCAACAAAAUAGAUGGCCAGCAGUGCAGGAAGAAGGUGCAGAAUAUUGCUUGAUGGAGUCCGUGCCAACAAGAUCAACUUCUUCACGAUGCUACAGUUUUGGGAAAGAUGAAAGACGAAAGUCACCAGUUUCGGAUCAGUGUUAUGAAGACAUGUCUGCAAUAAAGGCAAAGAGGCUAUCUGGUACAAAGAGCAGUUCAUCAUCAUCCUCCUCCUUAGGUGACAAUGAUGAAUACACCCAUAUGACUCCUCGUCAUGUUGGUUCUUCACCAAUACAGGUGGAACAGAGACAGAGAAAAGAUCUUCUAUAUGCUGAAGUUGAGAUAGCUGAAAGUCCCCACCUGAAGCCACAUUCUGCUCCAGUGGCCAGAAAAGCAAACACUCAUUAUACAUUCAUAAAUGAGGAGUCUACUCGAGCACUGUUACAAACAUCUAAUGCACGGAGAGAAAAUCGCUGAGCACUUAUCAAGCACACGUCCAAAAAAAUAUAGCUUCUUUAUGUGACAAGUACACUGUACAUGACUCACUGCAACAUGUUGAAUGAAAGUCAUUUCUUGAGAAAGAAAUAAGCUAUUUCCAUGAUAUUCAUGAAACUUUAGUUUCUUUCUUUUGAUUGAAAAAUGGAUUGAAAUAUUUGUUUUUAAAGUGGAUCGUAGAGAAUUUUAACAAGUGUAUUACAUGCCUCAUUUGAGGCCAAGGCAUUUUUUUCUUGUACAUACCACUUGUAGAUUGUAAAGCUGUACAUGAACAGUAGAUAAUGCAAAAAAUAUAUUUUCAUAAGCAAGACGAUUGUAGAGAAACAUUAGAAUUGAGAGAUUAAUAUUUUGAAAAUUACCAAAUCAGAAAACUGACUUUGAAAACAACAACAGCUAUAGUAGUCGGCCUACAUGUACAAUGUACAUGUCUCUUUAUUGCAGUAAUAAUAAUUAUUAUGAAACAAGUAAAUUUAAUAGAAACUGGCACAUAACAUGUCCCUGAGCAUACAUGUACAGCUGUAGCCUGCUGCUAAUAUGCCAAGAGCGAGUUUACAUUUUUCUUUUUAAUAACAAUUUUUAAUUUCUUUUAAGUGAUUACCUGUAUCUUUGUGAUUGGAAAGUUGACUUAAUAUAACAGUUUUAAAUUAAAAGACCAGAUACAAUCUUAAUUUCUGGCACUUAAAUGAAAAGUCCAUUUUUAAAAAAGUCUAAAUAGUAAGAAGAAAAGAGUUAACACUACUUGUUAUACUGCCUUUGAUUAUCUAUAAGAAAUGUUAGGUCGCAGUGGCUAGAAUUCAGUGUCUCUCGCUCCUGGUCUAACAUUGGGGAGAAUUGUUUGGUGUAUAAACACUACUUUUAGUUUAUAGUGACUGUAACCAUUUCGCUCAAAGAGUCGCAUUAUGAAACAUGUCAUGGAGUUCACGUGGUUCAAGCUUUUUCAUCAUUUGAUGCAGAAUCACUAGUGGGUAACCAUUCAAACAAAAGCUACAUGUAUUGAGCAGUAUCUUCAUGUGGUACUGUUUGUUUUUUAUUAACCUUAAGUCUGAUAGCUAUUGAGCAGUAAUCGUGUGAUACUGCAUAUUUGUUUAAAUAGUGAGCUGAAGAAGAGAUGUUUUUGAAUGAGAAAGGGCAACAACAAGUUGAAUGUUCUCUUCAUUUCCUAAAGGGCGUCAAGUUAAAAAUGCCUUAAAUAAAUGACAACUUUCAAAGUGCAGGACAAAUAAGCAAAAUUGAAAAACAAGAACUUCAACUUCCAGUAACUGUCCAUUUUUCAAAAGCAGAAACGCUUAUAAGCUCACUGUUAUUGCAAAUGGAACUUGUAGAAUGUCCUACCUUGAGAUUGAAGGAUAUAGCAGUUUACUGACGAUGGCUACAAGCUUAAGAUAAGCACAUUUUAGCUGUAUGCUAGAACAUAGAAUAACGUGUGGAAUACUAUUGUGUAUUAGUCUGAGUAAUUGAUUAUUUUUUUUAAAAGAAUUUUAAAAGAAAUUGUUUUAUAAAAAAAAAGCUGUUUUUACUUUCAUCAGAUUGACUAUUUGUCUCCUGCCUGUUUACUUUGGUAGAUAAAAAUAAUUGUUUUGUAAAUAAAAUUGUAAAUGUUUUCAGGUUUAAAUUUUUGUUGUAGAGUUGUGGCAGAGAAGUAAAUAAAGACCUCCGGUAUUCCAGCUUU